CAGCCUGCUAGCUAAACGCCACAACCCACAUCAGGAAAAUAUAAAGACGAAGAAGACUUUACAUCAACAACAGUGCAGGACUAGCAGAGAUACAUCUUACUGGCCGAUUUCAGCAGUGCAGCAGAGACAAAACUGUCAAAAUGGACACGAGAGCCUGGAGGAAUCCAUAUCACGACUAUGAUGGGAACCCAGCCUCAACACAGGCGUUGUUUGACUGCCAGGGAAAGCUCACAGCAGAGUUUGCCCAGAGGCUGAGCAGCAAGAUCAGUGAGCUGCUGGCUGUGAUGGAGAACGGGCUGAAGUCUGCAGACCCAAGAGAUUGCACCAUUUACACCGGCUGGGCAGGUAUCGCUCUGCUUUAUCUGCACCUCCACAACGUGUUCAGGGACACGUCCUUACUGCAGAGAGCUCUGGAAUAUGUGAGCCGCAGUCUGAAGUGUUUGACCCGGCGUCAUGAUGUCACCUUCCUGUGCGGGGAUGCAGGGCCGCUGGCUAUCGCUGCGGUGGUCUACCAUCGCCUGCAGCGGGUGCAGGAGACCGACGAGUGCAUCAACAGACUGCUGCAGUUCCACCAGAACGUGGUGAAAGGUGUAGGCGGUCUGCCCGACGAGCUGCUCUACGGGCGGAUGGGGUACCUGUACUCCCUCGUCUUCAUCAACCAGCAGAUGGGGCAGGACAGGAUCCCGCUGCAGUACAUCCAGCAGAUCAGUGAGUCGGUGCUGGUGUCCGGCGAGCACCUCAGCAGGAAGUUCCGGGUGCAGAACCACAGCCCUCUGAUGUUCGAGUGGUACCAGGAGCAGUACGUCGGCGCCGCCCACGGCCUAUCGGGCAUCUACUACUACCUCAUGCAGCCGGGAUUCGUCUGCGUGGAGGAGUACGUCCACAGGCUGGUGAAGCCCAGCGUGGACCACGUGUGUCGCCUCAAGUUCCCCACAGGGAACUACCCCCCCUGCAUCGGGGACGACCGGGACCUGCUGGUGCACUGGUGCCACGGGGCCCCAGGGGUGGUGUACAUGCUGCUGCAGGCAUACAGGGCCUUCGGGGUGCCGCAGUACCUGGAGGACGCGCUGCAGUGCGGGGAGGUGGUGUGGCACUGCGGCCUGCUGAAGAAGGGCUACGGCCUGUGUCACGGAGCGGCGGGGAACGCCUACACCUUCCUCGCCCUCUACCGGCUAACACAGGACCCCAAGCACCUCUAUAGAGCCUGCAUGUUUGCUGACUGGUGCAUGAACUAUGGCAAACAUGGAUGCCGGACGCCUGACACUCCCUUCUCCCUUUUCGAAGGCAUGGCUGGCACCAUCUACUUCUUGGCCGACAUCCUGCAGCCAAUGAAAGCGAGGUUCCCCUCCUUCGAGGUGUAGACGUGUUCCCACAGGUAGUGCCCCCCCACCCACACUGUGGGAAGGAGAAGACCCACACACUUUUGCUCUGUGUCACACUCAUGCAUGAAACACUACAUUCACAACGAUCGACAUUGUGCCAUGUUUUUCCUGCUCUUCUCUCCCGGGAACUCUACAUGUUAUUAAACAGGAUAAGUCCUAUACUCGCAUUUCAAACAUAAGAGCUUGCUUUUUUCGUUCCUUAAUUUGUGUAUAAUUGCUUUCAAAACUGUGGAUGUUGCUCAGAUUGUGACAUAUUUUGAGGGUGAAGUAAAAAAAACAGUAAGGGAAAUUAAUUUUCUGGAUUUAAAAAAAUAAAAUUGUGGUUAAAAAAAAAAGAAGGUGUUUUUGCUAACACUUACAAAUGUGUUUCUAUUCUGCAUAGCUUGAUAUGGUAAAAAAAACAAUGGAUGCUUUUUUGGUUUUCUUUUCUUUACAGUGUCAACAGCAAAGCUAGUAACAAUGCACUAAAUAUAAUACGGUGCCAUGUGUUAAGGGAUCAACCCCCGAGUGUAAACUGUUGCCUGUCCUUUGCACUGUCUGAGCAAUAAACCAUGUGUCUUUUUACA